AUGGAGGCUGCGGGGCCACCCCAGACUAGGAGGUGCUGCUGGGAGGCCCUGGAGAAGCUCUUGCCUCACCUCUGCUUCCUCUGCUCUCUGGUGACCUAUGCACUGCUGGGUGCCGUGCUCUUCUCAGUCAUUGAAGGCAGCCAGGACCUGGGGGCAGAAGACCCGGAGUUUGAGGAGUUCUUGGAGAAGCUCUGUGACAUCUUGAAAUGCAACAGAACAGUUGAGGAAAGCAGGAAACGGGAUCUUGGGAAACUGCUGCAGAAGGCGAAGCCCCAGUGGUUUAGCAGGUCUGCAGACUGGUCCUUCCUGAGCUCACUCUUUUUCUGCUGCACAGUGAUCAGCACAGUGGGUUACAGCCACGUCUACCCUGUCACCAGGCUCGGCAGGUACCUGUGCAUGCUCUAUGCACUCUUUGGCAUCCCCUUGAUGUUCUUGGUCCUCACGGACAUGGGCGACAUCCUGGCAACCAUCUUAUCCACCUCUUACAAUCAAUUCCGAAAACUCUCUUUCCUCCCUGCUCCCCGCCCCAAAUGGUGCCCCCGACUGCCCUGCAAAAGAAGGUCUGACGCCAAGCCCGAGGAUGAAGCCGUCCCACGGAUUGUCAUCAAUGCCCCAGAGGUCCCGGGCCCCAAAGCUGGCAGGCGUCCCUCAGCCUCCAGCAGCAACAUGGAACUGUUUGAGAGACUUCUAGCUCGAGAGAAAGAGAACAGGCUGCAAGUGCCUCCUGGGGCCAUGGGGAAGAGCAGCUCGUGUCCCGAGCUGAUGUCCGGGAUGCUUUCCUCCUCCAUCAUCAGCAACCUGGACGAGGUGGGGCGGCAGGUGGAGAGUCUGGACCUCCCGCUCCCCAUCAUUGUCCUCGUUGUCUUCGCCUACAUUUCCUGUGCGGCCGCCAUCCUCCCUGUCUGGGAGACGCGGAUGGACUUUGAGAACGCCUUCUAUUUCUGCUUUGUCACGCUGACCACCAUUGGGUUUGGGGACACUGUGUUAGAACACCCGCACUUCUUCUUAUUCUUCUCCAUCUAUAUUAUUGUUGGGAUGGAGAUUGUGUACAUUGCUUUCAAGUUGGUGCAAAACAGGUUGAUUCACAUGUACAAAAAUCUCAUGCUGUUCUUUGCAAAAGGGAAGUUUUGCCACCCUUUUAAAAAGUGA